AUGGAAUAUACACAUCCAGUCUCGGAGCAAAAUCCUGUGGAUGUUGAUGCUCGCCUUUUAGGCCGCUCUUAUCGGCCGGGUGGGCCAGAAGUACCCUCUAGCGUGCAAGGGCGAUCUAAUCAAGGGGGCGACAACUUUCAUCUCGCCACCGGAAACAUUGGAGCUCCCGGGAAAAUGGUUGCCAAUGAACCAAAAGAGCGGAAACAUCUUGAAGCGACGUUGCAUGAAAAGGGACGACUUGCAUCUCACAUAGUUACAUCUCCCACGAUUAUGGAGAAAAAUGAUUCAUUGCCGAAUUUGGGAAUGAAGAUUUUGAGCCACGCGCGGAACGCAUCUUCGAGUCGCCGGGGAAAGGUCAUCAAGCUGACUGGAGAGGAUACGACUCGGGCGAGGGUUUUAGAUACCAGUUCAAUAACUACACCAGCAAGUACGGCGGACAGCAAGACGCGAUUUUCAAGAUCCUCAAUCCGCGAUAACAAAUCCGCGUCCGCAAGGGCAGCGGGACAAGGUAAAGCCGAACCGUCGCUAUUGAAGCCAGAGAAGUCAAAGAAAAAAGUUAAAGAACUCAUCACGCCGCUGGAGUAUGCCAAACUGUUGCAGGCGAAAUUGGCUGAGCGCGAGGCACAGGGUAAGAGAUCAACUAAGCCGUAUCUACGCGGGAAGAAGAUUUUCUAUUGCGGCGGAGAUAUGCAAUAUGCUAGCUCUGAAACGAGAGGACGGAUGGACUAUAUUAUUAGGCAUGGCGGAACCCUCGUCCCGGUUUUCGACCCUGCAGAGGUCACGCACAUUGUGACCGACGCUCAUGAGAAGUCGCUUCUUCGUGUUCUAGGUCUCCGAAAAUUGGGUGACAUUCCUGAACACAUUCCCACCGUUAAAUGGAGCUGGGUCCUCUCUGGGUUUGGUAGGAGAAACGGAGUUCGCCCGCGCCAGCCCAAGAGCGCAGAUAGAAGUGAUGAGAAGGGCACGACCGUGUGGCAAGAUGAUGAGAGCGAAGACGAAGUCAUGGAUUACGAAUUGAUGCAUGCGUCGUUCAAAGAGCGCUUGGACGCUGGACCUAGCCUGUGGCGAAAGACGGACCGCGGAAAACAUAAGGAAAAUCCAUUAAACCUUGAUCAUCCCACGAACCGCGGUAACCCCAGCGGGUCUCGGGGGCUGGGCGCUGCGGUCAACGGAGAUGCAACUAGCAAACUAAGCAGGAUCUCGGAAUUUACAUCGGACAAACUUAUAUCUCGCGAUUCUGUUGUGUACGCAGACAACACCUCACUCCCAUCCACGCCUCAGAUUCCUCGGUCCCCACUGGACGAGAAGGCCAAGCCUAAUCGACAAGAACGCUCGUUAGGACAUGUUGACGGUGGCGAGGAUGUUGACUCUCGUAUUUGUUCUGACCCACUCGCCGAGUUCUACGCUCAGGCUCGAGCCGAACGUUAUGCAGAACUGCAUGACCACAGUGUUGAUAGCGACUCCGACGGUGAAGACUCAAUCCAGAAGGCACCACCUCGUGCGAGCCACAAGGGCGAACAGAAGAGGGGCUUUCUGUGCGACGCUAAAGGAGCUCCAGAGCGCAUUCAAUGUAUCAAUCAAGAUGUAAUCGAUAAGCUAGAAGAGUUGAUGGAAAUCCAUAAGGCUAAGCCAAGCGAGGAAGAUCACUGGCGGGUUUUUAGUUAUGGGAAAGCUAUCAGAGCAUUACGGUCCCAUCCCACGAGAAUCAGAUCAUUCGAAGAGGCGCGGACUGUCAGAGGUGUUGGAGAUAAGACCGCCCGAAAGAUCAUGGAGAUACUGGAAACGGGAGAUUUGCGUCGCAUUGCGUAUGAGAGGACAGAUGAUGUCGGAGCAAUCAGCAUUCUGCAAGGAAUUUAUGGAGUAGGGAGAAAUAUCGCUCACAAGUGGUAUGCAAACGGAUGCAGGACAUUGGACGAUGUCCAAGCUAGAAUAGGCGGCAUCACGCUGACCAGCGCGCAAGAAACUGGAUUGAAGUAUUAUGACGACAUCAACUCCAGGAUGCCAAGAAAUGAAGCCGCCGAGAUAUUUACCAUGAUCAAAGCUGUGGCAGCUCUGGACAUUGACCCGAAGUUAUUCAUCGAGAUCAUGGGGAGCUAUAGAAGGGGGAAGGCAGAUUGUGGAGACAUCGAUAUUCUGAUCACACGUCCCACGGACGACGGAAAGACUCAUCAUGGUAAUAGUGUUCCUGCAUGUUUACACUAUCUUCUCACUUCGCUGCCUCAGGAGUACUACGACGCCUUCUACGGGAGCUGCGUGGACAAGGCAUUGUUACAGAAGAUCUAUGUCUUCCGGACUCAUUCGAUGAUCUUGAAGUAA